AGCGAGACGGUUCGAGCGACGUGGGCAGACGCGGUCGGCGAAAGGGCGGGGAAGGUUGCGAGCCUGAGCGUGAGAGAGCGGGAGCGCCAGCCCCGCCCGCCCGCCAGUUAGCCUGCCAGCCAGGGACGCACGGCGGCUGUGGGAGAAUCCAGAACUCCCCUCAUGGCAGCGGCGCGAGCAGGGAAUCCCCAGGAAUUGUUUCGCGCCUUCCAGCUGCUGCUGCCGCUCCUGACGCCGCUGCCGACUCGUGAAGCGGUUGUUGCUGCCGCUGCUCCUGCUCCGUGGCGGGGCUGCUCCUCUUAGUAGGAGUAGCUCCAAGUCACCCUCCAAUUUUCCAUCCAGAGGACAAAGUUAAUAUUCCGUUGUGAUAUAUACAUGUACAUGUGAAAUAAUCGAUACAUAUAAAUGUCCAUGUAAUUUUGUUCUUCGGGUUGCCGUCUUUUCUUCCGCGACCUCCGACCAAGCACCGGCCCUUGGCACGUGAAUGAGGCAGCCGCCCCACGGCGAGUUUGACAUGGCACUCAGCGGCACCCUCCUCCCUUCCAUCUCCACCUUCGCAGCGGGUACGGCCGGCAGGGAGAAAGUCUUGAGGCAAGCAGGUGCCAAUAACAAGUGGCGGGAGGAGCUGUCUCACCUCAAGCGAAUCCCCCCUGUGCUAACAGGACGGCCUUACGACCUCUCUUCUGAGCUGGAAAACACCACCACAAGCAGCAGCAGUGGGACUAUGUCAAGGCGGGAGACAGAGGAGUUGAAUGAGCUUCUGGACUUUGACUUCAUCUUAUCCAACUCCCUGAUGCCCCAGGAGCAGCCCACGGCUGCUGCAGCAGCCGUUGUGAGCUCCGGUCCUGGCUCCUCGCCGUCCGUUACUAGCAGCAGCUGCCCAUCAGUGACCACUUGCGACUUCACCUACCAACUGCAAAGGGGGGAUCACACUGGAGGAGGGGGGGCUAUGAUAUACAACAGGGAACAGGCCCCGGCUGCCCCAUUCAACCUGGCUGACAUCAAUGAUGUGUCCCCUUCAGGUGGAUUUGUAGCUGAGCUGAUGAGGCCAGAUUUGGACCCUGUUUAUAUGCAGCAGCAGCAACAGCAGCCACCCCCACUGGGCAGCCUGCAUGGGAAAUUUGUGGUGAAAGCCACAGUGAACAUGGGGGAAUACAACAACCACAUCAGUGUUAGCAGCAAGAACAACCCAGCUGCUGCAGCUUCCCCUUGCACAGAUGGACCUGUGCAGCCUCCUAUUUAUAACCACGUGCCCAGGAUGUGCCAAAAAAUCAAGCAGGAGGCUGCCCCUUCUUGUACCAUUGGCCAAUCCCAUGGGAAUACUCAAAGGGCACAGCAGCAUGAUUUUCCCUUGGGGCAUCCACUGCCUAGCAGGACUAACCCUCCCUUGACUCCAGAGGAGCUGAUGAACAGCAGAGACUGCCACUCUUCCCCACAGGGCUUAAGCCACACAGCUCUGCCACUUCCUCCAGGCUACCACCCUGGCCCAGGAUACCCGCCUUUUCUUCCAGAGCAGCUGCCACCAAGCGCGCUCCAGUAUCAAGGUCAGUCUUACUAUCUAAAUGUUUUUGGAGAGCCUUUAAGUAUGCCUCGCUUGGUACAAGGGAUGGUGCUGACUCCGCCCUCUUCACCUCUAGAAUUGAUGCCUUCUGGAAGCUGCCUCUCUGAAGAGACCAAACCAAAGAGGGGACGGAGGUCAUGGCCCAGGAAAAGGACGGCUACACACACGUGUGACUAUGCAGGUUGUGGUAAAACAUACACAAAAAGCUCACACCUCAAAGCGCACCUUCGGACCCAUACAGGUGAGAAACCCUAUCACUGUGACUGGGAAGGCUGUGGCUGGAAAUUUGCCCGUUCUGAUGAACUCACACGUCACUACAGAAAACACACAGGUCACCGUCCAUUCCAGUGCCAGAGGUGUGACAGAGCAUUUUCCAGGUCUGACCACCUUGCCUUACAUAUGAAGAGACACUUUUAAAGAGGACACAGUGAACUUUUUCCUUUACUGCCAUGAGAGAUUCAGUAUUUGACAGCACAAAAGACUGUCUUCCAUCAGAGGGGAGAACUGCACUUAAAGCACUACAAAGAAUCCCAGUGAAGUUUUCAAAAAAAGAAAUGUGGAAAUUAUUGGACAAUUUAAAAAAAUUAUGGAACUUUUUAAAAAGGGGGACAAUGACUGGAUCUUAUAUCAUUCCAUUUUUUAAAAAAAAAAUAACUUGAAUAUUUCUGGACUACAGAAUGCCAAGGAUUGACUGGAAGUCAAGGAUAUCAGGGUUAAAACAAACUGUUGAGGGAGGGAAGAAUGGGAGAUUACAUCGUAGGGAGACUAUGGGUGAAAAUGGGUGUAACAUUAUCGAGGAAUGGGCCUGCUGCUUUGGCAGCUCCUUCAUCACAUUCAAUUCAAAUACUUUUUUCUUUGCCAAGGUUGAAGUCCAAAAAAAUGUUUGUGCAACAUUGUAGCAAAAGGUUUCACUAAUGCUCAUUACUUUAAAGAUACCUUCUCUCUUUUCCCCCCACCCAAAUUCCUAGAGCAGCUUUGCAGCAGUUUUAAAACUUUCAUUUUUAAGGAGAAAAGUGAACAUGUGAAGGUACAUCUUACACUUAAUUUUUUAAUAAAGCAAAGCAGCAUCACUUAAGGGUGGUGGAAGAGGUAUAAAACUGACUCCAAAACUCACCAUUUAACUUGACACACAGCAUGUCUGCCAUGCAAAAUGCAAAGCUUGGGUCGCACCAUGGCUGAAAAAUCCACUGGUAGCUUCUCUUUAACUGUUAUAUCUGUCUUCACCCCAAAUUCCCUUAAGAUUUUCAAUGCAAUAUUGUAAACAUGUAGUAGUCUUGCAAUUUCUUUUUCUUUCCAAAAAGCCAUUACUAAACUAUGUCCAAUAAGGAAGAAGAAAUUCAGGUACAGAGUUGUGGUUAAAAGUCUAUUUUCAUGGUGCUGAAUGACUUUUGGUUCUUAAGGUACCAAAAAAAGCCAAAGUUCUCAACUGCUGCAUAUUUGACAAGGAAAUACAUUUGUCUUCCGAUCUACAGUUAAUGAUGACCUAAGUCAGGUUUAUAUACCUGGUUUAUUUGUGUUUGUCUCUCCUUUUUAAUCUUCUAUGCAGACAGUCUGUAAUGCACUGUGGUUUCAAUGUGCAAUAAUUUGUACAAUGGUUUAUUCCCAAGUAUGCCUUAAGCAGAACAAAUGUUUUUUUCUAUAUAGUUCUUUACUUAAUAAAAAUGUAAUAUAAAUUUAAGGAGACUUCUAUUUUGUAUAUUUGUAUGAAUUAUGAAGUGAAAAGUGAACAUUUUGUCAGAGUUU